GCAGCGUCAGGCCAAUUUUGGACACUGUACAGGAAGUAAACAUAUCGAGUCUCGGCAGCAAAGUAGAAUAAGGCAAAAAUUGUUCUUGUGACAGUCGAAAUGGACCGCUUUUCGUGGUCAAAUGGCCUUUUAGAAAUAAAUGAAACUUUAGUAAUUCAACAGCGAGGAGUCAGACUGUAUGAUGGCGAUGAAAAGGCUAAACUGGAUGUUGGAGUUGCCUUGCUGAGCACCCAUCGCUUGGUUUGGAGAGAUGUUAAAAAUCACGAAUGCUGCAUAGCCAUGCCCCUGUCACAGAUCGUCUACUUUGAGGAGCAGGCUGCAGGAAUAGGAAAGAGUGCAAAAAUAGUUAUCCACCUGCAUCCAGCACCUGCCAACAAGGAGCCAGGUCCCUACCAACAAAGCAAGUAUUCCUACAUCAAGCUGUCCUUUAAAGAACAUGGGCAGAUUGAGUUUUACAGGAGGCUAAUGGAGGAGAUGACUCAAAGGAGAUGGGAAAACACUCCAGUUUCACAAUCCCUCCCUACAGGAACUGGUUCUCAGGCAGGAAGGAUACGUGCAGUGGGGAUUGUUGGCAUUGAGAGGAAGAUAGAGGAGAAGAGAAAAGAAACAGACAAAAACAUUUCUGAGGCUUUUGAGGACCUCAGUAAGCUGAUGGUGAAGGCCAAAGAGAUGGUAGAGCUGUCCAGAUCUAUAGCCAGCAAGAUCAAAGAGAAGCAGGGAGACAUAACUGAAGAUGAGACAAUUCGGUUCAAGUCCUACCUACUGAGCAUGGGGAUUGCUAACCCCGUCACCAGGGAAACACAUGGAUCAGGCACACAUUACCAUAUGCAGCUAGCUAAGCAACUGGGAAACAUGCUACAGGCCCCUCUAGAGGAGCGUGGGGGUAUGAUGGCUCUCACGGAGGUGUACUGUCUCGUCAACCGUGCCAGAGGGAUGGAGCUUUUAUCACCAGAAGAUUUGGUAAAUGCAUGCAAGAUGUUUGAGUCAUUGAAGCUCCCUUUGACGCUGCGCAUCUUUGACAGUGGUGUGAUGGUGGUCCAACUGCAGUCUCACAGCGAAGAGGAAAUGAUAGCCUCAGCGCUGGACAACGUGACAGAAAAAGGCUCCUUGACAGCAGAGGAAUUUGCAAAGCUCCUAGGCCUCUCGGUUCUUCUGUCUAAAGAGCGGUUGCUGCUGGCUGAGAAGAUGGGCCACCUGUGUAGAGAUGACUCUGUUGAGGGUUUGAGAUUCUACCCAAACCUCUUUUGAGCUAUUUAUAGUCAUUAUCAUUGAGAUUAAAAGUUUUUAAUAACUUAAAAUAGGCUGCACUGUCUGCUGACAGACUGAUGCAUUAAAACUGUCUUCUGGCCUUUACAUGUACAUACCAGUAUAUAGCAGUAAAGGCUUGCUGUACUUUGAGCACAGUAAUGUACCUGUCCAGCCUGGUUCUAAUUAUUAAACAGUUGGUAUUCAUUCAGUGAUAGAGCUCUACAAAUCCAUUAUAGAUACUACCACUUAUUCUGGGUCUGAGAGCAAGGCUCUGUCUUUAAAGAUUAACAACUGCUCAAUGCACUGCAAAUACUGUGUAUGCAGCAAAGUCUUUCUAGUGUAUGUUUAGAAAUAAAUGGGUUUGGGGAAAUUGACUCAGGUGGAUAUAUGGUGUAAAUUCUUUGCACCACUCUGAUAACACAUUUUUGUGUCAAACAACUUGUAUAUUUUCAUAAGAAGUGUGUUCUGGUGUGAAAACCCCAUAGCCACUGAUAGGUAGAUCACAUCUUUUCCAAAGUAAACUGUACAUUUAUGUAAUAAAUAUUAAAGGAAUGAAGCCUGCCCUGGUAAA